GGGGCUUCCACGGAUGGUGCGCGUGCGCGGGAGUGCGCCGGCCUGCGUCUUGGUAUUCAGUAGAUAUUGAGCCGGCGCUGGCGUGUAAGGGACAGGUGUGGCCCGCGCUGCUUAGUUGAGGCGUGAUUACUAACGCAAGCUCCCUCCCCAGGCUGGGAGGGCGACUUCUGCGGCUCCUCUGAACUGGCUCCUGGGUGUGACAGAACCCAGCCCUGGCUGGGAGCGGUGUUCGCAGUCUCUUGGGUGCCUGAAUAUUGGCUCUGCGUCUGAAGCUCCUGAAACUUUUCUCACUGCAUAUAUAUGUAUAUAGUACGCAAGUGCUUAGCCCAAGCAUGAGAAUUAUUGGAAUCCUCUGAUAAGGCAAAUUUGAACUGCAGUGGGAGCUCUGUGUAGGAAGAUGCAGCCUUUAAACCAGUUGACGGCUAUCUCAAAACCUCAAAACCUGGCUCCUCACGAACAAAGUGAGGUCCUGAGAGCAGAUGUGUCUUGGCAGCCAGAAUCCAUCCCAGUCGUGGAGACAGAUGACUGUGAAGCCUCUCGUCUAAAGUUCAGACAUUUCCAGUAUUUGGAAGUGUCUGGGCCUCAUGAAGCCCUGAGCCAACUCUGGGAGCUCUGUCUUCAGUGGCUGAGACCAGAAAUUCAUACAAAGAAGCAGAUCCUAGAGCUAUUGGUAUUGGAACAAUUCCUGACAAUUCUCCCUGAAGAAGUCAGGACUUGGGUGAAUUUACAACAUCCAAAGAACAGCAAAGAAGUGGUGAGCCUGAUAGAGGAUGUGAUUGAUAUGCUUAAGGAUGAAGGUAUAACCUGCAAGGAUUCUGCCCUACUCCAGAAGAGGAGCAUCAAGAAAGAAAAAAUGGAAGCUGACUCACUAACAGGCAAAUCCCAGGAACCAGUGACAUUCAAAGAUGUGGUUGUGGAAUUCAGCGAGGAAGAGUGGGGGCAACUGGACCCUGCUGUAAAGAACCUGUACAGGGAUGUGAUGCUGGAGAACUAUAAGAACCUGAAUUCAUUGCAUAAAGAGCAUCUACUUUCCAAACCAGCUGAGACCUCCAGGUUGGAGAGUAAGGAAAAAAGUUGGAUAAUGGAGCAAGAAAUUCUAAGAACAAAUGUUUUUGACAGAGAGAUAAUUUCAGAAAAUCAGGAUUUAGUUCCAAAGCAGAGAAUUUCUGGAGAAGAAUCAUCCCAUGCAGUGAUUAUGACAAGACUGACUGAAAAUGGACAUCCUCCUUUAGAUGCCUGGAAAAGUGAUGAUUGGUUAUAUAAGAACCAGGAACACUGGGACAUAAAUUUGCCACAAGAAGCUUUCAUUCAUAAUGCAGUCUACACUGAGGAGGGAGACUUUGAAUAUAGUGAAAAUAAGGAAAGUUUUGAUGUUAAGUCAGUUAACUCAACUUUUGACACACAACAGGGAGUUCCUAUGAGAAAGGGUUCCCCAAAGUGUGAUCAGCUUAAAACUAACUUCGAAUUUAAUUUAGACUCAGUAGGUAAGCAAUAUUCAGAAUAUAACGGAUGUGGGAAUGCCUUGAACUUGAAUACAAAUACUCAGCACCGAAAAAGUCAUGCCACAGUGAAUUCCUAUGAAUGUUAUCAAUGUGGGAAGGCCUUCAGCCGCAGUUCGUCUCUUGUUCGACAUCAGAUCAUUCACACAGGAGAGAAACCCUAUAAAUGCAAUGAAUGUGGAAGAUUCUUCAACCGACGUACAAACCUUACUAAGCAUCAAAAAAUUCACACUGAAGCAAAGGCCUCCGAAGGCAAUAAGUAUGUAAAACUCCUCAGUCAGCCUGAAGACAGUAAUAAAAAUCCAAGACUCCGUUCUGCAAAUAAUCCCUAUGAAUGUGUUAACUGUGGAAAAUCCUUCACCCGGAGUUCCUCACUUAUUCGACAUCAAGUGAUUCAUACAGGAGAGAAACCAUUCAAAUGUAAGGAAUGUGAGAAAACUUUCAACAGGAGUUCAAACCUGAUUAAACACCAAAAACUUCAUACUUGA